AUGUCUGGUGAUCGCGACUUUUGGAAUUCUUCUCGCGAUGAAAUUAUAGGAACGGUCUCCGGAAAUUCAUUUGCUACUAGUGAUUCCACCAUAGUCAAUGAAGACAAUGUAAUCGAUUCCUCAGCCCCUUCUCGCCCUGGAUUUAUGUCUGGAACGAUCUCGAGUGACUACAACAUGGCCAAUGAUUCCAUCAGAAUCAAUGAAGCCAAUGCCGCCAACUUCCUGGUUCCUCCUGGUAGUGAGCACAUGUCUGGAGCGCCGGCUAGUCAUCCUACAAAUUAUCUCACUGGAAUCAAUGAACCCAGCGUCACCGAUACAUCAAAUUUUGCUGGCCCUGGGCCCAAUUCUAGGAUACCAUCAAGUGAUUCCGUCAUGACCAAUUGGCCAAUGGUCUCCGACUCAUCUAUGAUUCAAUCUAUCGACGCCGUAGCGACUGAGCCUAUGUCGUGGAUGCCUGGUCCAGAGAGUGCCAUGCCCUACACUAGUGGCUAUCAAUUCGGAAUCCUGCCUUCUCAACCCAUUGGCGCUCUGACUUACGGGCUUAACAUGCCUUUACAGCCCGUUGGGUCUACUGAUGAAAAUACAUCAAGCACUAGAUUGCCCUACUACGGAGUUGGCAUGCAUCCACUACUCGUUGAUUCUACUAGCGGAAAUGCAUCAAGCGCUUUACCCUACAAUGGAGUUAGCAUGCAUCUACAAUCUCCCAUUGAAUUUGCUGGCGAAAAUAUCACAAACCCCAGCUUGCUUAAUGAAGAUGCAGCAAACGAAGUAGUAGGAUUCGCUGAACCAGCCUUCAACAAUCACACGCCGCAUCAAGGGGCUGCAAGUCUCGGUUUGCCCGGGGAAGUCACAGCAGCCAACGAACUAGUUUUCGACAACGGCACGAUGCGCCAAGAGGGUUCUUCUGCACAAAUGACCCAAAAUAAUAGACACAUGGAAGUGUACUUAGAUGUUGAAAACAUAUCUAUACCAGACUUGCCCAACGAAGUCACAGCAACCGCGGAAUCAGUUCCCAACAGCGAAACGUUGCGCCAAAAUGAUCCUUAUGCACAAGUGGCUCAGAAUGAUGUGUCCAUGCAAAAUCUUGUAGACAAUGGGAAUGAAUCAAGGUUUUCCUUGCUCAACGCAGACGAAUUUCAAGAAUUCCCAGAACUCCCAGAAUUACCUGAACUGGUCUUUGACAAUAGCAUGUUGCAUCAAGAUGAUCCAAUUCCAAACUUGCCCGACGAAGUCACAGCAAGUGAGUUCGCAGGACUACCUGAACUAGUCUUUGACAAUGGCAUGUUGCACCAAGAUGAUCCACGCCCCAACUUGCCCAAUGAAGUCAAAGCGAUCACCGAGCCAGCUGCCAACAAGGAAGCCGCAUCAACCACGGGAAUAAUCGCCAACAACGAAGUCACAGCAGCCAGCGAACCAGUUGCCAAAAAUGAAAGACCGAGUCAAAAUGAUACAGUCCAGAAAUACGAACCUAUUCACAACGAUGGCUCAGCUGAUAAUCAAGCCGAACUACGCAGAUCCAAAGCUGACGAACUUACAGAUCGCCAGGAACGUGCUAUCGCUGCUCUUCUUAUCCGUUUCCAAAAUCUUGUCAAGCUUGCUGCGUUACCUAAUGAAGAUGCAUUUACGAAGGAGACUGCGGCUGCUGAGGGAUUGAGAAUGGAGGUUGAGAGUAAUGCCUUGACAAGCGCAGCAGAAGACCUCUUAAAGUUGACUAGAGAAUUGAAGGAGUUUUGGAUUUUUGGGUCAUUAAGAGGAAUCGGCGAAGGAGAAGGUGAUGGAGAAAUGGAGAUCGAUUCAAAGAAGGUCGCGGAAUUGAUUGAGAAGCAAUUGGAGAAAAAGCAUGAGCAAGAGAAAAGCAAGGCAUAA